UAGUCUAGCACCUUGAUACUUCUUAUAUCGAAAGCAGUUCUGCAGUAGAAACUCUUUACAGGGAAACUCUUUCCGGGGUGAUGGUGGUUCCUUUCCUAUGGCUACUUUUGAAUGGAUUAGGUGUUUAUGCAGAAAGCUCCAUUAUUCCGACGACUCAUUUGUCAGAUGAUCCUUUAGGAUAUAAGUGGUGGAUCCCAUUAGACUCUUAUCAAACUGAAGAAAUGCAGAAACGAAGCAAAAGAUUAAUUCUUUCUCGACAAGAGGACUUGUUGUCGACACCAAACAUUGAACCAACUGUUCAAACUCCAUUAUUAACCAAGAAAAAAGGCAAUCGAAACUCUAGGAAGAAGAAUGUAGGAAAUGGUAAAGACGAAUUUGACAAAAUUUUCUUAGGAGCAAACAAAAAACUUAAGAAGCAAGGCAAGAUGAAGAAACCAAAUCCGAUAUUUCUUCGGCAAGGGCAAUCUCCUAAAAGGCUUCGACAACAUAUGCAGCAUAAAAAAAAAGUGAAACAGUUCUUACAAAAAAGAAUCCAAGAGCAAAUACAACAACGCCACCAGAAUCUUCAAUUUACAUACACCAAAAGCUCCUCUGCCUCUAAAUAAUUAAUUACUCAUUGCUUAAGUGAUCUACUGAUUAUAUUCAACUGGAUCAUUUCAAAGUGUUAUUCAUUAAGUAAAGGACACCUAAGAAUAAAAAUGAAAAUUGUUUUAUUUUUUAACGAGAAGCAGCUGUUUUUAUGACAUUUGUGCAUUAUCGAAGUUUCGAAUUGACAAAAUUAUAUUAAAUAAUAAGGAAUUUUGAUGUUUUUGAUCAAAAUGAAUUACAAAAUGCAAAAAUUUCCUUGUAUUUAAGAAUGAUCCAUCAAAACAUAGGAGCUAAAGAAAUCUUACUGAGAAUAACUACUUAAAAUGACGUUCAAAAGCAGUUAUUAUAAAGCAGAAAGUAAAAUAAUUUUAGAAAUGGAAAUAAACUUUUUCCGAUAUAUACAGAGUAAAUAAUGGAAACGAAAGUAAAUUUUGGAGACUAAUUAUAUUUUUAAAAAAUUGUGCAGAGUAAAUAAAAUGUAUUGUGCCUGUACAGUUAAAUGUGGCAUAAACCAAUCAAUCUAAUCUUUUGUAUUCAAUUUUUAGGCGAAAUAAAAACGAGUAACAAUAUACUUUGUACGUUAAUUUUUAAUUCCGCACUGCUUUAUUUCUGAAAUAUUUUCAGUAAAGCUUAAAACAUACAUUAUGAUUAUAGUAAAACUACAAAAGAUUCUGUAAAAUGCAUCGAGUUUCAAAAACAGUAAGCGAGAAUAUAUUUCACACUUCAUGAUUAUUUUCGGGCCUUUAGAUUCUUUACAACUUUCAUCAUGGAUAGUGCACUAGCAUCAAUGAUUAAUCGAUUUGCACAUUGGGAUGAAUGAUAUUAAGAAGCAAAAUCUUAUAUAUGAACUUAUGAUUUCUUAGCUGUCGAUUAGCUGUUCUUAGCAUCAUUCUAAAUUAUUUAUUUCCAUUUCCAAAAAUUUUAAUCGGGAAUUUUUUAAUAUGUUUAUUAUAAUGGGAAAGCCAAAAGUUGCCCGUCUUGGUGUAAACAAGGAACAGCAAUAAAAUAAGAGAUUCUUACUCGCAGUUUCCCAGAGUAAACUUGGAUGUAAUAUAUUAUUAUAAAAUCACCACAUUUUUAAAUAAUUUCCAAAUCAGGCUGUCACUUUUAGAUAAUCAUAAUGUCCAAUAGAGUCAAACGAGAAAAUCAAAGCAAUAGUAAUUAAGUGGAAAUAACUUCUAGAAAGCUAGAUAUUUCACAUGCAGUGACAUUAUAGACUAAAUAGGAUUAGACUUACCUUCUUAAAUGCGUUUAUAGAAAAGGUUUACGAAUAUUUUCGAAAAAGGUAAUAACCCUGCUUAUUGGCCAUUUUCUUUUUACAAUCUAUUAUUAAAUAUUUUUUAUGGUUAUUAUGAUAAUUAUUGCACUUGCUUCUAAGAAAAAUUAUUAUUAUGACCAACAAUGAAAUUCUUUUGAAAUGAGUUAAUUAACUUUCAUUAUAUAUCACGAAUUCAAAAUGAAACUUUUAUAAUGUAAGUUUAAAUUUUAAAAUAUUAAUUUUAGUUUUUUUUAAUUUUAAUUCAAAUAUGGCCUGAUAAUGUGCGAAAUUCUUUUCUCAAACAAAUCUCUUCCCUGUGCAGCUUGAUAUCACCAUUUGCAUGACUAUUCAAUUUGAUAUUUUAGUUAAAAUUAUUAAUGCACUAAAAAAGAAAGUUUUUUCUUUGAAAACUGCAUUUAUGAAAUACGGAUAUUUAUUACUUUUUUCAAAUUAUAAUACUAUUAAAUAGUCCGAAAUGAAAAUUUGAAACUGUAUUUUGAUUUGGUGUAAUAUGUGAAUAACUUGUAGAGGCAUGUGUUUCAAUUCAAUGAUUUUUAAAGUCGGCCUUUGAUCCCACACUUCACAAUCUAGUGGUUAUUUAAAAUUACGAUGCAGUUGUUUACCAUAUCGGAAUAAAUUAUUCAAAUCUUUUAAUAGACCGUACUUAUAUUGUUUUUAGUAAAUAAAUGUCGUUUAUAAAUAAUCAUCUAGUUUUUCUUCGUCUAAAUCUAGGGACUAUUCAAUUUUUUUCCCAAAUAAAUUUUUAUGUCAUAUUUAGAAAAUUUCUUUACCCCACUUUUAAAUGAAUAAAUAAAUGUUAUUCAGAUC